GUCCAGCCAAUAAUUAAAAGUUCACGACGAACAUUUGCAAUUGCUUCUUUCCGUGCCCAUCUUUUCCUUCUUAUUUUUUUUCUCGUCGAGCUCUGGGAGUUCUUUCUCAACAACACUCUCCAUUCAACCUCGUUUGGACGGAAGAGACUAAGAGAGACAAGUAAGAGAUCAAAGCAAAGUGUUGCUAGCUUUUCACUAUGAAGCUGAACUCUGCUAUUGCGGCUGCCCUUCUGGCCACCGGCGUCUAUGCCGAUGAUGCCUCUAAGGUUGACAGUGCAGAAUCAUCCUCUUCCGCCGCUGUCGAGGUGCCCACCUUCACUCCCACCACCAUAAAAGCUCCUUUCCUAGAGCAAUUCACCGAUGACUGGGAGUCACGAUGGAAACCUUCUCACGCCAAGAAGGACACGAAGGGUCAGGAAGAGGAAUGGGCUUACGUUGGCGAGUGGUCGGUUGAGGAACCUUACAAAUACAAGGGCAUUGAGGGUGACAAAGGUCUCGUCGUCAAGAAUCCCGCCGCCCAUCAUGCCAUCUCCGCCAAGUUCCCCAAGAAGAUCGACCCUAAGGGAAAGACUUUGGUCGUCCAGUACGAAGUCAAGCUUCAGAAGGGACUUGAGUGCGGUGGUGCCUACCUAAAGCUCCUCCGAGAUACCAAGGCUCUCCACCAGGAUGAGUUCAGCAACGCCACGCCGUACGUCAUCAUGUUCGGCCCCGACAAGUGCGGUGCUACCAAUAAGGUUCACUUUAUCUUCAACCACAAGAACCCCAAGACUGGUGAAUAUGAGGAGAAGCAUAUGAUGGCUGCUCCUCAGGCCACUAUCUCCAAGACUUCCGAGCUCUACACCUUGAUCAUCCAGCCCAACAACACAUUCACCGUCAAAAGAGGUGGCGAGAGUGUCCGCGACGGCAGCUUUUUCGACCAGUUCGCGCCGGCUGUCAACCCCGAAAAGGAGAUCGAUGACCCUGAUGACAAGAAACCCGAAGACUGGGUUGACGAGUCUCGUAUCCCUGACCCCGAGGCUAAGAAGCCCGAGGACUGGGACGAGGAUGCUCCAUUCGAGAUUGUUGAUGAGGAGGCUACUAUGCCCGAGGACUGGCUUGAGGAGGAACCUCUCACCGUUCCCGACCCCGAGGCUCAGAAGCCUGAAGACUGGGACGACGAAGAGGAUGGUGACUGGGUCCCCCCUACCGUUCCCAACCCCAAGUGUGCCGACGCUUCUGGAUGUGGCCCCUGGACUAAGCCCAUGAAGAAGAACCCCGACUACAAGGGCAAGUGGACUGCGCCUUACAUCGACAACCCUGCUUACAAGGGUGUUUGGGCUCCCCGCAAGAUUGCAAACCCCGACUACUUCGAGGACAAGAACCCUGCCAACCUCGAACCCAUUGGUGCUAUCGGUUUUGAGCUCUGGACUAUGCAGAGUGACAUUCUCUUCGACAACAUCUACAUUGGCCACUCCGUUGAGGAGGCAGAGAAGUUGGCCAACGAGACUUUCUUCAAGAAGGUUGCCGUUGAGAAGGCACUUGAAGACGCUGAGAAACCUAAGGCGGAUGACAAGCCUAAGUCUCCCUCGGACCUUAAAUUCUUGGAUGACCCUGUUCUCUACGUUAAGGAGAAGUUGGAUCUAUUCUUAACCAUCGCCGCGAACGACCCCAUCCAGGCUAUGAAGUUCGUCCCUGAGGUACCGACUACCGUCGGUGGCCUGAUCGUCCUCAUCAUAUCCCUUGUUGGUAUCUUCACCAUGGGAGGUAGCGCACCAGAGGCCGCCAAGAAGGCUGGCACUGAUGCUAAGGAGAAGGUCAAGGAAGCCAAGGACAAGGCCGCCGAGGCUGUCUCAACUGGUGCCGAGAAUGUGAAGGCGGAGGUUAACAAGCGUGCCACAAGAAGCCAGUCAUAGGAAGUAGCCUGGGGGUAAUGAUGGGUGAGAUGGAGGAGGCACUGGGAAAAGUUCGGUGACCCGUUCCAGCCUUGUAAGGACUGUUAGGGUUUCAAUGCUGUCAAAGCAUCCUUUGCUUUUGGGGACUUCAGAAUUAUUUUGCAUGGCGUCAGUGUACUGUACACCCAAUAAAUCAAGUUAAACAUCUUUUUGUACUAAUCCGUGUCAAUCUUUAUAAUUUCUUUGUAUUAAUCAUGAGGACUUUGAUGUCCGUUGACAGUGGUUGUGCAUUUUGAUCAGCUUUUUUCUUCUUUUUUUCUAUCGAGUAACAAGUGGACUUGAGAGAGUAACUUUGCUUUAACUAGCCUACCUAUUUAGGUAGUUAGGCCUAGCAAGUAAAUUUACGAUAAAAUUUCCAUACCUACCUACCUAAACAUGGUAACUAGGUACCUAGGUAGCUAUAACAUACUAGGUAGACGAUGUCUUACUGGG